GAAUCCUCACCUGGCAUGGUUCCUGUGAUUUCGGGUGGGUUAUUGGGGGUUGGUCGUCAUUCUAAAGGCCGGAACUGCCGGCUGCCAGCUCCGGUUACCGGCCGACGGAGAUCAUUUAUCGGCUUAAUCACAAUCGAUCGUUGCAGGAGUUCGAAAAUCCCAUCGCUUGAUGCGAAAUGGCCAUUCCAGAUGAAGAAGACGAGUUCUUGGCUCAAUUUCUCGAAUCAGAGGUUCUCUCGGAGGUCUCCGACAAGGAAGAGGGGAACGCGCAGGAGGAACCAAAAGCUAAGAGAGCUCGAAUCGAACAGAUUAGCCCUAACGAACAAAGAGAGGUAGUUUCCGUUACAAAUUCGUCCUCUCAAUCCAAGGGCGUCGUUCCCGGGAGGAUUGAGACUGGAAUUUUCAGUAAAAUUCCUCCGGAGCUCUUCCGUCACAUCCUCAAGUUUCUCUCAUCAGAGGAUCUGGUUUCUUGUUCACUGGUUUGUCGGUUUUUAAAUUCUGUGGCGUCUGAUGAAUCAUUAUGGCACAGAUUAUACUGUCUGCGUUGGGGUCUGUUGCCCACGACCAAGAAGUUGCGCCAAUGUCCUUGGAAAAAACUUUACAUUCAGCGUGACGAGGAAGAUAUGACUCAACUGGUUCGAGAUUGCUCUUCUGAAUUUAAAGAGUACUACAUCCAAAUGCAAGCAGCAAAAAGAAGUCAAGCUCCUCUUCCUUCUCAGGUUCAAGAUGACCAAAUAAUUCUUGAUAGGACCGUGGCUGAUCAAGUUUCUACAUGGAAAAGCAGCAGGGGCUUGACUGACAAGAUAGUCAUUGAUCACACUUGUUCUGGAGAAACAUGUACAUAUUACCAAAUUGGGGAUGCAUUUGUAUGUGAAAAGACCGGACUUGUUCAUGUUUGUGACGACACUUGCAGAGAAGUCAUUAUGGAUCCCAAUGAUGAACAACUUGUCUGCAGAAUAUCUGGACACUGCUUUGAUACUCUACUUUUGCCAGAUUCUAUGGAACCAGAUACUGAACAGCAACAAGGCGGUGUAACCGACGAGGCCGAACCAUUCAUGGGUUCAGGGCGUUUUGCUCGGGCUUACUUGUUGGGGUACAAUUGUGUUGACGAGGCAGAACUAGAAGCUACUUUGAGGUUCUGUUGAUUUGGAACUGCAACGACUUUGGUAGGUGCAGAGCCAAUGUUUGAUUCAACACUCCUUUGAGCGUGAGAUCCAAUUGACUGCCUGUCUGUGUGGCUUAUAUUACUCAGUUUCAUUUCCUGUAGAAGUUUGUUAAUUAGGUAAUAUAUAAAUAUAUAUAUUUCAUAUAUAUUUAAUUCUAACAAAUUUCUUACAUCCUA